UUUUAGGGAAGAGGGGGCAAGCAUAGAGUGUUCACCUUUUCCUAUCGUUCCUAGAGGAUGGAUUACUUCAAUCACACAUGACUACGUGUUUCCAAACAGAAUCGGCAUGCAUUCUUUCAAUAGCUUCGUUUUUUUAUUUAGGGAGCUACAGGCUGAAACUCAGGUGUGUCUGUCUUCCUAUCACAUCUACAUCUAGAUGGGGGCAUUUCUGACUGUGCCCCUAUCCCAGGUGUUUUUCCAGGGCCAGAUUCGGUCCUCUUACACACACACACACACACACACACACACACACACACACACACACACACACACACACGAGAGGUUUUCUUAGACUCCGAAAAGUUGUCUAUUGUCUAAAGAAAUUACAUGUGAAAUACAGAGAUGACUAAUUUACCUUCCUUCCUCCUUCUCCUCUCCCUUCCUCCUCCCUCUUCCUUCUUUUCCUCCUCUACACAUUUCUUUCCUCCUCCCUCUCCCUUCCCCUUUCCUUCUUCUUCUUUUCCUACUCCUUCUCCUCCUUCCUUUCCUUCUACGUCCCCUCACCCAGCUGGAACACUCGGCGUUUUCCUGAGUUGAAAUGGUGCAGCUGGAAUAAAGCAAAGCGUCCCCGGCCUGGGCAGGUUAGUCACUGCCAGCGCCACUGCAGGCAGGUAGCCAGGACUGUGUUCUUUUCUUGGGGCCAUAGUACACCGGGAAAGUGACCUGGGUGUAGAAUCCAUCUGCUCAGAACGGCCGCACUGGGGCGACACCUCCGCAGUCGCCCAGGGACGCAGAGCGUGGACAGUCCAUCUCAGGGCUACCUGGAGAGAAACUCUGAAACUUGCCACCCGAAUUACCGAGGACCAGCAGCCAGGGCAGGCGACAAGUGAAUAGGGCUGAAGUUAGGUGUGCGCACAAAGCUGCAGAGUGGACCCAAAGGAGUUUGCGUCUGCAGUGAAGACAACACUAAGGAGCGAAAAGGGAGAUCGCCGGCUUGUACAGGUGAGGGCCCCCGCACUUCGUGGGACAAGAGCAGCCUCACUGAGGAGGGGAUGCCACUGCGGGCCGCCGGGGCUUCUUCCAAAGCAGGGGUGGGGAUGCUGAGUCACAGAUCUGUCACCACUUUGCACCUCUUCGCAACCCCGGGGGCUAAAGCAAAAGCGAAAGCGAAUGCUCCUGGCUGCCGGCUGGUCCUGGAGCUGAACUCGCCACCUCCCAGAGACCCCAGCCUUGCGUCCCGGUGGGUCACUGAGAGGGACGAUCGGCCAUGGCUUCACCGCAGCUCCGGGGCUGUGGAGUCCACGCCCUCCAGGUGUUGCUGCUACUGCUGCUGCUGUUGUUCCCGCUGCGGGUGACGCCGGGCACCACAUGUCCAACCCCCAUAUCUGUUGAACAUGCAAACAUCCGGGUCAAGAAUUACAGUGUGAACUCCAGGGAGAGGUAUGUCUGUAAUUUUGGUUUCAAACGGAAAGCCGGCACAUCCACGCUGACUGAGUGUGUGAUAAACAAGAACACAAACAGUGCCCACUGGACAACUCCUAACCUCAAGUGCAUCAGAGACCCCUCCCUGGCUCACCAGAGUCCAGUGCUACCUUCCACAGUAGUGACGCCAAAGGCCAUGACCCCACAGCCAGGGAGCCCCUCCCCUCCUGAAAAAGAACCAGAAGCCUUAUCUCCCAAAUCAGAUACCACAUUGGCCACAGAGACAGCUAUUGUGCCAGGCUCCCGGCUGACAGCAUCCCAACCAGCUUCUGCAGGAACCACAGAGACAGGCAGUCAUGAGUCCUCCCAAGCCCCAUCUCUUGCAGCAACAAUGACUUUGGAGCCUACAGCCUCCACUUCCCUCAGGAUACCAGAGAUUUCUCCAAGCAGUUCCAAAAUGACCAAAGUGGCCAUCUCCACAUCGGUCUUGGUCCUUCUGGUUGGUGCAGGAGUUGUGGUUUUCCUUGCCUGGUACAUCAGAUCAAGGCAAGCUUCACAGCCACGUGGUGUUGAGAUGGAAACCAUGGAAGCAGUGCCAAUGAGUGUGAGGACCAGCAGCACUGAGGAUGACCCAGGAACCUAACCUCACAACCUCCGAAACCCAGGGAAACCUGCCCCGCUGAGUCUAAAGAGAAGACCUGAAGGCAGCACUGCUGUUAGCUACGGAGCUCCAGGACCCAGGGAGCUGGGCACCAGGAGAAAGCACAUCGUGAUCACAUAGGCCUCCGGAAUGAUCUGUUUUACUGUGUCUGGGUGCCUCCCAAAUGCACGCCUGGGUUCUCCAGCAUCUGGAAGGACACCACCCUUCCAGCUGGCUCAGCGUCGAGGCCAACUUCCCCAAGUACAAGCAGCUUGAGCUCUCCUGGGAGACUCUCAUGGUCUCCAUAAAAGCGUCUAACUUCACUCCGACGUCAACUCAAAAUAGUGGACAGUGGUUCUCAAUCUGUGGGUCAUGACCCCUUUGGGGUUGUCAAAUGACUCUAUCAAAGGGGUCACAUAUCAGACAUCCUGUGUAUUAGAUAUUUACAUUACGAUUCAUAACAGUAGCAAAAUUACAGUUGUGAAGUCAUCAUAAAAAUAAUCUUGUGGUUGGGGGUCACCACAAGAUGAGGAAUUACACUAAAGAGACACAGCAUUAGGAAAGUUGAGAACUACUGUGGUAGACUCUCUUCCCUGUCCCCACCCUGACUUACAGUUUACAGAGCUCAGCAACACACCGGAAGCUCCCACUUCUCUCCAAGGCUCCUCUGGUACGGGGGAUGUCUGUAAAGAAGACCACAGCUGCUGAAGACUUAGUUGUCGCUGCUUUGCACCUAUUGGACAAGAGCAGAGAAAGGCAGAAGAGAUAUUGAGCCAAUAAAUCCUUUUGUAUAGGAUUUGUGACGAAAACUGAACUUAGUGAACUCUUACAUAUAUAUAUUUAUACUUCCUUUUCUGUUAUAUCUACAUAUAGUGUAUGAUUUAUAUUUGAA